AUGGCUGAAGCCAUGGCUGUCGAUUCCCCAGUGAGCAGAAGUCCAGAGAGUAUGAUCGAAGCGAUUGACAAUUGCGACGAGGGCACUCUUCGACGCCUACUGCAGACCGUGAUUCGCAAGGUCCCGGACUGCCGGCGCAAGAUUGCGCAGGAUUACGGUUUGGCUGCUGAGCUCUACCAAGUUUCCGAGGAAGACAGACAAAAGGCCAUCGCCGAUCAAUACAGCGAGGUGAAAACGGGCAUGAAGGACGACAGCUCCUCUUCCGAUCAUCUGGACUUCUGCGAGCGGGCAAAGUUCGUCCCCAUGAGGCUUACAUACGAUGAGCGAAAGUACUUGCGGCUGAUCGAUGCGACCAUGCACGUGUCCCACUACACGGACCACAUGGACACAGCAGCUAGCGUGAAUGCCAACAACGCAAGAAAGCUGGCGUCCGUAAGCGAUGGCAUGUCAACAUAUCUUUGGUCAAACUGUGGUGUGACGGGUUCGCUGACGCAUCCAUCCCAUAGCUGCGCCUUCCCGCGCAAUGGCUGGAGUGCUGCCAUAAAGCCGCGCAUGAGCCAGGACGCCAGCUCCGAAUCAGACGAUGCUGUGGAGUAUGAGGAGGACAUUUACUUGGACAAUGAGUCCGAGAUGCCAAGCAAAGCCGCGACAUCCUCAGACGGGUUGCGCCGAAGAACGGCUGCGCCUGCUAAGCCCGCCAUGGAAGCGCGGGACGACCCCUCCGACGGGGAGGAGGAGGAGGACGAUGAGAUUGAGGACGAGGAGACGCGAAAGCGGCGGCUCCAGGCUGGCCGCACCGACAUUCUCGGUAUGGAUGGCUGUGCCUUGUUCUGCUUCAUCUGGCUCAUCACGACGGGUGUCGUGUUCUCGCUGCUCUACUUCAGCAUCUGGGCCCGUGAUCGCCACUUCUUCGCGCCGCUUCAGCGCACAAAUGUGGGUAAGUUCUUCCACGGCGGAGUGGCGGCGAUUCUUGAUCCUCGCCCGGCAAGAGUGCACGAGCUAGUAGCUGUCAGAAGUUGA